UCGCGUUAUCCAAGAUGGCGUCCAUGGUAUGCGAACUUCGUGUUUUCGUUUUUUUUGUGCCGGAAAAACUAUCAAAGUCUACAAGUAGGCUAAGUAUAAUAAGUCAUAAACUAGCGGAGGGGGAGACAGAUUAGUCUGAAAAAGAGCUGCAAAGAACGAGGAAAAGAAUGACAAUUCUGAUUGACAAUCACCUCCUGAAAAUAUAAUUGAUAGGCAAACAAGUAGAAAGAACUGUAGAGUUAUUUUCCCCUCAACCCCCUUCUACUACAGGACUACAUUGUAGGAUAUUCUUAUAAUGACUCACUUAGCUUUCUUAUGCUCUUAGGCGAGCUUAAAAGCUCUUCCAGCCGUCUCUAGUAUUGGCCCUUCUUUAGUAUCGGCCAUAUUCUUUUUUAAUAGAUAUAUAUUUUUAUAUUCAUUUUUUAGAUAUAUAUUUCCAAUUAAGUGUCCUCAGCUCUCUUUCUACAUAACAUAGAUUAUUUCUUUUGAGUGAGUGUUAUUUCAUAGUCGAAAAUUUGGACACCCAUGCACGGGUAUGGGUGUCCAAAGAAAGAAUCAUUGUACGCUUUUCUUGUGUAUUUUAUUUCUAAAUAGCCAUAUUUUGCUAUUCAAAAAGGAAAUCAGAAUACAUUUGGUCAGAGUGGAAUUUAGCCACUGCGUAUUUUUAUACACUGAAAUUUAAGGACGUCCCCAAGAGCCUUAAAAUAAACCAAAAAUAAGAACGGCCCAGCAACCUCAACUGAAAAUUAGGCGUUCUUGGCAAAGCAUCUGUCUUUGCCUACAUAAUAAAAUUUUACCCAGCAUGCUGUUCGUGGCUAAAGAGAAGGAAGUUCCCCCGUCCGCGUAGUCCUGGUGCAGAGCAACAAGCCCCCAUCCAAGAUGGCGGCCACGGGAAGUAGUUCGUCUGCAACCCGCGCUUUCGCACAGAAACUUAACAAGAACAAACCGGCAGCCGAGGUGAGGCGUAAUGUUGUCUCGAGUGUAUUCGUGAGUCAAGCAAGCAAGCGUUCCUCUACCAUAGAUGAAUCUUUUCUACAUUUGGCAUCAGGGACGGUUCCACUGUCAGAGGUUGUGAAUCCUUUGGACUUUGAGGAGUUUGUGCUACAGAAUCAGCCGUUGAAUGAUAAUGAACCUGAUGCACACAUGUUUGAUUUUCCUGACGAUGACAUAGAAGUCACAACCACCCCCCGCCACUGCCGCACCGUGCAGCCAACAAUACCUAAAGAUAUCAGUCUUGAUAGUGACCCUCAUUUGAAAGACUGCGUCCACACCUACCAAGCAGACUGGUCUAUAGUCAACAGAAGAUAUCAGUUCAGAAGUGCAGAAGAAGACAAACCUGAUUCAAGAAGAAGGAUCAAUCGUUCUAGAAGUUUCAUAAACACCCUUCCUAAGCAAAUUUAUGAGUCUGAUGAGAAAGUUAAAGACGAUCAGAAAUCAAACCAGGAGAAAUCUCAGGAUGGUGGGAGCAAACAACAAGAGGAUGCCCCCAAAGGCAGCUGGGCAUCAAGUAUAUUCGACCUCCAGUCUUCUCAGGCUGACGAGCAACUGCCAACACUUCUCAACCAUACCCCUGCUGAGGAGAUUGACCAAGAUAAUUAUGACCAGAGGCAGUUACAGAGAAUUCACUCUGUGUUCUCAGUCUUCCCUGCUCAACAGGAGGAAGGAAUUGAAAAGAGAGUUCCACCUACCAUUCCUCAGCAGCACUUUGGCCAGAGAAUAUUAGUCAAGUGUCUACAGCUCAAGCUUGAUCUCGAGGUGGAGCCCAUCUUUGCCAGCAUGGCGCUGUAUGAUCUUAGAGUCAAGAAAAAGAUUUCAGAGAAUUUUUACUUCGACAUGAACAACGAGUGGUGCCGCAAGCUGCUGAAGGACGAGAAGCGAGACAUCUCGACUCUGAGUAGAUCCGCCAUCUUCUCCAUAACCUACCCUUCCACAGAUGUGUUCCUUGUCAUCAAGUUAGAGAAGGUUUUGCAGCAAGGCGAUAUCAGCGAGUGCGCAGAGCCUUAUUUGAAGGAUACCGACAAUGCAAAGCACCGUGAUAAAGUGCGAGCGGUGGCUGUGGCUAACUGUGAGCGCUUGGGCCAGUACCGCAUGCCCUUCGCCUGGACGGCCAUUCACCUUAUUGACAUCAUCAGCGGUACGGUGACAGCUGGGGAACCGAGUACGCCGCAAGAAAGGGAAGGCAGUGCGGCAAACAACCCCAACCGUAAGUCAAGCACCAUUGAGACUCCUCCAACAAGUAAGACCACAAAGCGAAAAGAUGCCGAGAGCUUACCGAGAAGCUACAACGCUAUGAUAGAGCAGAGGAAGUCCUUCCAUGGCAGCCAUCUUACCCAUGUGGGAGACUCGCUUGAUUUUGACGUUCUGCCAGACCUCAGCAAUUUCAGACCCGUCACUCUCUCAGUGUCCAGCUUCUUCAAACAGGAGUCUGAUCGCCUAAAGGACGAGGACUUGUACAAGUUCCUGGCAGACUUGAAGAGACCCACCUCCGUGCUCAAACGCUUAAAGUGUAUUCCUGGGGUGAUAAAGUUGGACAUUUCCCCUCCUGGAGAAAACCCACCGUACUGUCUCACUUCUAGUCUACAUCAGGUCCAUCCGUACCCUGAUGGUCAAGGUAGACCCACCAAGGAGAUAGAAGAGUUCGCUCCCAGAGAAGUCUUCUCUCCCUUCGUUAUAUACGAGAACUUGCUGUACAUCUACCCACAGAGCGUAAAUUUCUCUAGUCGCGGGACGUCAGCACGUAACAUCGCGUGUAAGGUUCAGAUCAUGAGUGGCGAAGAUGAGCAGAAUUGCAUCGAGUGCAUCUUUGGCAAGUCAAGCUGUGCUUCCAUGUCUAAGGAGGCGUAUACUCAUGUCACCUAUCAUAACAGAACGCCUGAUUUCAACGAGGAGAUCAAGGUGAAAUGUCCCGCCCACCUGACCGACCAACACCAUAUCCUGUUCACAUUCUACCACAUCAGCUGCUCUCCUGGCAAAAAGCCCGACGAGAAGGAGGUUGAGACGCCUAUCGGGUAUACGUGGAUCCCGAUGCUGAAGGAUGGUCGUUUGGCUCUUGGCGAGUUCAACCUACCUGUGUCUUUGGACAAGCCUCCUCACAGCUACAGCAUGCUAUCCCCUGAGGUGCAGUUACCGGGUAUGAAGUGGGUUGAGGGUCACAAAGGGGUGUUCCAUGUCGCCGUCAGAGCCGUCUCCUCAAUACAUACACAGGACCCGUAUAUCCACAAGUUCCUGAAGAUGUGUCAUCAGAUAGAAGGCCGCAUGUUGUCCCCAUCACGAAACGCCGAGGGCAACCUCGAGAUGGUGCUGCGUAAGAGCAUCGUGGACUUGUCCAAAGCACGCGAGGAGCCCUUGGUCAGGUUCCUACACAUCAUCAUGGACAAGUUGAUCUUGCUGCUGGUGCGGCCACCUGUUAUAUCUGGUACUGUAGUUAACAUCGGUCAGGCCGCAUUUGAGUCUCUGGCGCAGAUCGUAAACCGCCUCCACUUGCUCCUAGAGAACAACCAGGAUGACCAUAACAGAAACGACCUCCUGGCGUCGUAUGUGACCUUUGUAUUUUCUGCACCCUACACCCUCUCUCCAACUGCAACGCCCGAGCUCUACCCAGGUGACGGGUUUUCGCGCAUCUCUGCUUCCUCUCUUCACGCACCUCACACCAAGCUCACCAUGAGCAGCAGCAAUCCUCAGCUAAACGCAGCUGCCGCGGACGACGAGCGGCAAGGAGGCAAUGGAGGCUGGGAGGAGGAGAGGAGGAGGAGUGGUAGAGACAAAUCCAACUUGCCUGGCAACCGCAGCAGCAUGGCGGAGGGUAGAGUGGGAUCCAUCAACGUGCCUGGGAUGCCCUCUAGCAACAGUAAAAAGCUUGUUCAUGAGGAGAUUGCUCUCCAGUGGGCGGUUGCCAGCGGACCUGUCCGAGAGAUGGCCAUGAAACACGCUUGGUUCUUCUUUGAAGUUAUGAUCAAGAGCAUGGCUCAGCACCUGGACAACACAGACAAGUUCUUCUGGCCUCGCAAGACGCGCUUCCCUGACCAGUUCCUUGGCGAUCUCCGUGCUCUUGUCAACACCACAGUCCAAGAAAUAGUGAACAAGCAGAACGACUUCGCGGUGGUACAGGACUUGAACUCCAGUCUGGGAUUCUUUCUGUACGACCUGCUUUCAUUCAUUGACCGCGGAUUCGUAUUCGAACUCCUAAAGAACUACUGUAAGGAGAUGUUGUACCAGGGAAGCCUCCACUCAAGCCUUGGUCAGCUUAGGCUGGAGCUUCUCCGUAUCGUCUGCAGCCACGAGCAUUACGUCACCCUGAACCUCCCCUACCCCACCUCCCUGUACCCUUCCGAGCCCUCGUCCCCCACCACCUCCCUCUCCUCCCUAAGCAGCACCACCUCCGGCGACACCCUGACCCCUGGUAGCAGCAUGGCGGAGCUGUCCGUGGCAUUUAGGCAGCAGCACUUUCUGGUGGGAUUACUGCUGUCUGAACUCGCGAUGGCACUGGAGGGGUGUGACUUUAACCUCCAAAGCCAGGCCAUUGAUACAAUCCGCGACCUGCUAGCCUGCCACGACUCCGACACGCGCUUUGACGACCCUGUGUGCAGGAGACGAGUGGCUGCCCUCUACCUCCCCCUCCUGGGGGUCGUCAUUGAUGCGCGAACACAGCUCCACGGAUAUAGGGCCGAGGAGACCAGCGGUCUCAAUCCUGACGUUGCCAUGGCAAUAGCCACGUCAAGUGUAGCGUCACAGUGGUAUGAGUCACGCCCUGAGCUAGGAACUCAGCUUUCCCGCGCCCAGCAACUCAGCCCCGAGUCCACGCGCAACCUUCUCAUGGGCUUCCUGUGGGUGUUGAAGAACAUGGACCCCACCGUGCUGGUUCAGUGGUGGACCGACCAGGAUUCCUCCAGGCUGGGUCUUUUGCUAGAUGUACUCCACUUGUGCAUCACGCAGUUCGAGUACACGGGCAGGAAGGAGGUGAGGAACAAAAACGCUUCCACCGCCCCUCGUAGUAAGACCCUAGGCGACGCCAAGGCAACCUUGGAAGAGAUGUUCAAAGGCGAGAAAAGCGCGGCAAGGCAGAUGAUGGAGAGACACUCUAGGGCAUUUGGCCAAGAACGUGGAGCAUCACCUGCUGCGGAGCCGAAAUUGAGGUGGCGAAAAGAACAGACACAGUGGCGACCAAACUCUAGCGUACAAGAAAAGUCUGGUCAGGAAGCUGACGUAAUCGCGUCUCAUAUCGAGGGUGGCCUCUGCGCGGAGAUCAACAUGGUGGUGCUUGACACUCUGGAACUUAUUGUCAAGACGGUAUCGAAAUCCGAGUCGUUGCGUGUUAUCUUGAGUGGGGUCCUACGUGUGCUGCUUCACUGUCUGAGCAGUAACCAAAGCAAACGCACUCUACAGAACAUGUUCAACACACAGCGAUCCAUAGUCUACAAGUUCCCCGAACUGCUGUUUGAAGAAGACACGGAAUUAUGUGCUGACCUUUGUAACCGACUGCUCAACCACUGUAGCUCAUCUAUUGGCGCCAUUCGCGCCCAAGCCUCCGCUUCGCUCUACUUGCUUAUGAGACAGAAUUUCGAGAUUGGCAACAACUUUGCCCGUGUCAAGAUGCAAGUCACGAUGUCACUUUCCACGCUUGUUGGUACCUCACAUGUGUUUAGCGAAGAGUGCUUGCGGCGUUCUUUAAAGACCAUCAUCACGUACGCCGAGUCUGACCACGAGCUCAAGAACACCACGUUCCCUGAACAGGUGCGAGAGCUUGUCUUCAAUCUUCACAUGAUCCUCAGUGAUACAGUCAAGAUGAAGGAGUUCCAAGAGGAUCCUGAGAUGUUGGUGGAUCUUAUGUAUCGCAUAGCCAAAGGGUACCAAAACUCCCCGGACCUCCGGCUGACAUGGUUGCACAAUAUGGCUGCAAAACAUGGCGAGCUGAAGAACGACGUGGAAGCCGCGCUGUGCAUCGUGCACGCUGCUGCCCUGGUCUCCGAGUAUCUGAGUAUGAUGGAGGACAAGCGGUUCUUGCCCGUCGGCUGUGUUGCCUUCGAGAAGAUCUCGCCCAACGUGUUGGAGGAGAGCGCUGUCUCAGACGACGUCGUGUCGCCAGACGAGGAGGGUAUUUGCACUGGUAAAUACUUCAGUGAGAAUGGCCUGAUCGGGUUGCUGGAACAGGCUGCCAUCAAAUUUAUGGACGCGCAAAUGUUCGAGUGCACUAACGAGGUGUACAAGCUGCUGAUCCCCAUCCUUGAGGCGCGCAGAGAGUACGACAAGCUGGCCAUGGUGCAUAGCAAGAUCAGCGAGGCGUUCAAGAAGAUUAUCCAGACGGAAGGCAAGCGUAUGAUGGGCACGUAUUUCCGUGUUGGUUUCUACGGAUCCAAAUUCGGCGACCUUGACGGGGAGGAAUAUGUUUACAAGGAGCCCGCGAUUACGAAACUCCCUGAGAUCUCUCACAGACUCCAGGCAUUCUACGGGGAUAAAUUUGGCGAGGAGUUCGUUGAAGUGAUCAAGGAUUCGAAUGCGGUGGACCGCGACAAAUUAGACCCUAACUUGGCGUACAUCCAGUUGACUUACGUGGAGCCGUUUUUUGAUGAGUACGAGAUGAAGGACCGAAAAACCUACUUCGACAAGAACUACAACUUACGUCGCUUUCUGUAUGUCACGCCAUUCACGCCUAGUGGUAAAGCUCGUGGCGACCUUUGCAACCAGUACAAGCGAAAGACGAUACUCACAGUGGCAAACUCCUUCCCGUACCUCAAGACGCGAGUAUCCGUCAUGCACCGCGAGCAGAUCGUGCUGAGCCCUAUUGAAGUCGCCAUCGAGGAUAUGCAGAACAGGACGCACGAGUUGUAUAAUGCCAUCUAUUCGCAUUCACCAGACGCCAAGAUGUUACAGAUGGUGCUACAGGGGUCUAUCGGCACAACCGUCAACCAGGGUCCACUAGAGAUCGCCAUUGUGUUUCUACACUCAGACACGAAUGCGGACGAUGAGCCGGACUUGGAGCCGCAAGUGUUCAACAGGCAUCACCACAAACUACGGCUAUCAUUCAAAGAAUUCAUGAAGAGGUGCGGUGACGCCCUCCACGUCAACAAGCAGCUCAUCAAGUCAGACCAGCGCGCCUAUCAGAAGGAACUCGAGCGCAACUACCACAAGCUCAUGGAACAGCUAGAGCCACUCCUUAGGAACAAGUUUGGAUCGCUCCGAGGCUCCAUGAGGAAAAAGGAAGGCUCCGCUCUCCUCCGUAAAAUCUCGAUGAGUUUCAACGCGAGCCACAGUGUGGCGUGAGCACGAUGAGAGUAGAAGCUCAUUAUUGUCAACGACAGCUUCAGUUAGACGUCAAGAAAUAACUCUGAGAGUUAUUGCAUUGCGGCCUCACGCUGUUCGCGGGAGGACCGCACGUUAGUCGCGUCGUGGACAAAUAUUCGGCGAUGAUCCCACAGCGGUCGUACGCUGCUCGUGGGUUGAUUGCACAAGGAUCGUUGGAUGGCUGAACACUGACCGCGGCGCCAUCACAGGAUAUUCUCGGCCUGACCGCAAAAUGGUCGCGUUAUGGUUGCACGAUAAUUGCACAGUAUUCACAGGAUUGACGCACGAUGUUCGGAAUUGGUGAAGUGGACGCGUGCUAGUGAACUAUUUUAUUGACGAUACCGAAGCAAUGAUUGCAGGUUAAAGACAAACUCAUUGUAAAAUAGAAACUACAAUAUUUCAUUAAUCGCAAUAUUACUGCUUUAUUUUAUAAAUUGUGUGGUUUGCCACAACGGGAGGGGAAGUAUUUUCAGAGAACAAGAAUAUUUACGGCGCUAUCAAAGUACAAAGUGCAAACAGUAACAGAUUCUUUAUUGAAGCAUUUGUAAAUGUUAAUAGCUAAUAUUUUAGUCGGCUCUUAAGAAUCCUGACAUUCCAAUAGACCUAUGUAUUCCAGUUAGUCGCUCUCGAGAUAUUGGAAAUUCACUGGGUUUCUUGCCUUGGUGAUCCUGUGCUUUUCGUCCUGGCACCCUGAGGGUCCACUGUUUUCGGUGUCUCUUUUUAUAAUGUAAACUUAAUAAAAGUAUGAAAAAGUAUGA